AUGGGAAAUCCAGGAGAUUCAGGUAAUCUAGGUUCUCAAGGUUCAACUGGCUUUGCUGGAAACCCUGGAUUGAAUGGUGUACCAGGGCAGCUUGGUGCUACGGGAGCCACUGGCAUACCUGGAUUGAUAGGUAAUACAGGUGUCAUUGGUGGUACAGGUGCUCCAGGACCAAGCGGAUCAACAGGAGCUACUGGCUCUCCUGGAUCAAUUGGAGCUACAGGAAAUCCUGGUCCAUUUGGACCACAAGGAUUUCCAGGACCUAAAGGAUUUACUGGGUCUACAGGUUUUCAAGGGCCUCAAGGUCUAACAGGUCUUCCUGGUGCAACAGGCGCAACUGGAAUUGUAGGUCCUUCUGGCAGACCUGGCCUGGAAGGGUUUUUUGGACCUGCAGGCAUUCCUGGUGUGGUUGGAUUGACAGGUCAGCCGGGUCUGCCUGGAGGAACAGGAGCCACAGGGAGUACAGGAAUGACUGGUUUAAGUGGAAAUACUGGUCCCCAGGGAAUGCCGGGACCGGAUGGUAAUCCAGGUGAGAAUGGGUUACAAGGAGGAAUUGGAGGGACAGGAGCUACUGGUCCUAACGGGGUGCCAGGUGAGCUUUUACAUAACUUCUAUUUGUUUCAUCAAUGUUGUAAUAUUUUAACAUUAACAUUUCGUUCAUUCAAUUAA